AUGACACUCAAUUCUACCUCUUUUACUUCUAUUCCCGUUCUUGACUACUCCCAGGCAACAUCAUCUGAGGAUAAACCCAAGUUCCUCGACAAUCUGCGCAAUGCAUUGGUCAACGUGGGCUUCUUUUACCUCAUCAACGCCCCGAUCGCGCCUCGGGUGCGCGACGAGUUAAUUGAAAAGACCUUCCAUAUAUUCGAUCUGCCACUCGAGAAGAAGCUGGAAAUCGAAAUGGUCAACAGUAAGCAUUUUCUAGGAUACUCGAGACUCGGGGCGGAGACUACAGCCCGUCAAACCGAUUACCGAGAGCAGUUUGAUUUUGCGACCGAGUUGCCUCCUCCGGCACCAGAUGCACCUCUAUACCGUAAUAUCAGAGGACCGAAUCAGUGGCCAGAUGAGAAAGCCAUCCCUGGCUUCCGUCACGCCGUGGAGGCAUACUUGGCGGAGAUCAGUCCAGUUGCCGAGGCAUUCAGGAUCCUCAUCGCAGAAGCACUGGAUUUACCGCCGACAGCACUACAGCAAUUCUUUGAGAAUCCAACACAGCAGAAGCUGAAACUGAUCAAAUAUCCAUCUCCAACCACGCCAUCCGAAGCACAAGGCGUCGGAGCUCACAAGGAUUCUGAGUUCUUGACAUUCUUGCUCCAAGCCACACCGCAUACCGGACUCGAGGUGCAAAACAAAGCCGGGGAAUGGAUCCCCGCGCCGCCAAUGCAGGACUCGUUGGUCGUUAAUAUCGGUCGUGCGCUUGAGGCUAUCACGGGUGGAGUCUGCACUGCCACAACGCAUCGAGUUAAUUUGGAAGCAGAGAAUUUUGUUGAUGCGCAGGGUGCGCCGCUGGGGCCGCGAUUCUCGAUUCCUGUGUUCCAAGGCAUGAGUUUGGAUUUGUCGGCGGAGAAUAUCUCCCUUGAAAUCCCAGCGCAUAUUAAGGAUUUGAUCAAGGAUGAUAAAGUCAGAUCAGAUGCGGAGGCGACAUUCAAUAAGAUAUUCAAGGGUCGGGUCGGCGAAGGCACACUUAUACAUCGGGUCAUGAGUCACCAGGAUGUCGGGCGGCGGUGGUAUCCCGAGUUGUUGGACUGGGCUUUGGGCGAGUAUGAGAAGUAG